GGGAGGGGGAGCAAAUAGGCUCAGACCUAAGGAGAGGCUUGGAGAGAGCGAUGCCUUCUGGACGGGAGAGGCCCCUUCUCGGCUUUCCAGAAAAAUGGAUAGGAGAAAUGACUCCGAUUAUAAGAUGACCCCGUUCCAGGUGAGGCCCCUCUGCAUUCUUGGCAGGCCAUCUGCCCUAUUCUGAGUUCAUUUAAGGCUGUUGAGCCCCUACCACUCUGUAGUUGCAUAAUUUCCUGCCUAACCUGUUUCAGUCCUCCCCUGAAUGGUGGAGGAGGAGGUGAAGAAAACCUGCCUAUUUCUUGCUCCCUUCCUCUUCCUUCACCCUCCCCUUCAAUCAGUCACCAUUCAGAGGAGGGGGAGGUUUUGUAGAAAGGGUGGAUUGUAGGGAGGCCAGAUGGCUCAGCACGUUAUAAUCUUAAGUGUGUAGGGCCCUCUGGGAGCCUGGGCUUCACUUCCCUCCAGAUGUACAGCCUGAGACAACAGAAGAAGAUAGUGUCUUGCUGAUGCAUACCCUCUUGUCAUCAACCAAGGACCUACUAGCUAUGGACCCACCAGUUGCCAACCGGCCUAAGAAAAGCAAGACCAAGAAGGCCCCUAUUAAGGCUAUCACUAAGACAGUACGCACUGCCCCUCCAGUUCCAUCUGCCAAUGUGAUUACCACCAACAAGCCUAAAAUAACUUUUCUGGCUUUAAACCUGCCAAUCAUCCCCCAGAUCAACCAGGCUUCAGCUACCACUGAGGUAGCCAAUACUCAGGCUUCUUCAUUCACUGCUCAGCCUAAGAAAGCCAACAAGACAAAGAGAGUUACUGCUAAGGCAGCCCGAGGCUCCCAAUUUCCAACUGGCAGUGAGAGUGUUACUACACAGAUCAAGUUACCCUUGUAGGCCCUAAAUGUGCCAGUCAUCCCACAGACUAUCCAGGCUCCGAUUGCCACUGAGUCAGCCAAUUCUCAAGCCUUGUUAGCCUCCAUCAAGCCUAAGAAAGCUCCCAAGGCUAAGAAGGCUAACAAUAAGGCCAUAACUAGUGCCACUGAGAUCUCACUGACUCCAUCCACCACCUACUCAGCUACCAUCCAAGGCCAAACUAAGAAAACCUCCAAAGCCAAGAAAGCAACUGUUAAGGACACAAAUACUGACACUGAACUCCUAGAGACCCCAGAUGCCACUGAGACAGCUAGGCAGAUUGAGGCCUCAGCAGCAGCUAUCUGGCCCAAAAAAUCCAAAGUCAAGAAGGCUGCCUAUAAGGGCCCAAAUUCUGCCUGUGAGAUCACUGAGGCCCCACCUGCCGGUCAAAUGGUCACAAAACAAGCCCUAGCAGCCACCCUCCGGGUCAAGAGAAGGUACAGGGCUCAGAAGGUUGCCACUAAAGCCCGGACAACUGAAAGCCAGACUCAAAUUGACAAAGGGGCCCAGGCCAAGAUGACUACCCCUCAGAUCAAUAUAAGUGCCCUUGAGACUCAGGUUGUUGCUGCUGUCCAGGCCCUGGCAGAUGACUACCUGGCUCAGUUGAGUCUGGAGCCAACAACCAGGACCCGGGGCAAGAGGAACCGAAAGUCCAAGCAUCUGAACGGGGAUGAGAGAGGUGGUGGUAAUUAUAGGUGGAUUCCAUGGGGCCAGAGGCCUCCGCUAUCCUGAGAUGUGGCCAUUUUGCAAGAAAGGGCAAAUAAGUUUAUGAAAUACCUGUUGGUUAAGGACCAGACAAAGAUCCCCAUCAAGCGCUCAGACAUGCUGAAGGAUGUCAUCUAAGAAUAUGAUGAAUAUUUCCCAGAGAUCAUUGAACGAGCAAGCUAUGCUCUGGAGAAGAUGUUUCGAGUCAAUCUGAAGGAAAUUGAUAAACAAAGUAGCUUGUAUAUUCUCAUCAGCAUUCAGGAAUCCUCUGCAGGCAUCCUGGGAACGACCAAGGACACACCCAAAAUAGAUCUUCUCAUGAUGAUUCUGAGUGUCAUUUUUAUGAAUGGCAACAAGGCCAAUGAGGCUGUCAUCUGGGAGUUGCUGCCCAAGUUGGGGCUGCACCCUGGGGUAAGGCACUCGCUCUUUGGGGAAGUGAGGAAGCUCAUCACAGAUGAGUUUGUGAAGCAGAAGUACCUGGAAUACAAGAGGGUCCCCAACAGCAGACCACCUGAAUAUGAGUUCUUCUGGGGCUUGUGCUCCUACCAUGAGACUAGCAAGAUGAAAGUUCUCAAGUUUGCAUGCAAGGUGCAGAAGAAAGACCCCAAGGACUGGGCCGUGCAGUACCGGGAGGCAGUGGAGAUGGAAGUCCAAGCUGCAGCUGUGGCUGUAGCUGAGGCUGAGGCCAGGGCUGAGGCAAGAGCCCAAAUGGGGAUUGGAGAGGAAGCUGUGGCUGGGCCCUGGAAUUGGGAUGACAUGGAUAUCAACUGCCUAACAAGAGAAGAGUUAGGUAAUGAUGCUCAGGCCUGGGGCAGAUUUUCACUUGAAAUUGAGGCCAGAGCCCAAGAAAAUGCAAAUGCCAGCACCAACAUUGACUUCAGCAGAGGAUCUAGCACCAGGGCUAGCUAUAGCGAUGGUGCUAGUACUAGCUUCAGUGGUGUCCCCAGCCCCAGUAAUGUCUUUGGUGACAGGGCUGGCAUUAGCUUUGGUGGCACAUGCAGCACCAGUGCCAGCUUCAGCAGUGUAGCCAGCAUUAGCUUUGGUGGACCUUGCACCAGUACCAACUUCAGUGGUGGGGUCAGCUCUAGUUUCAGUGGCCCACUCAACACCAGUACAAGUUUCAGUGGUGGAGCCAGCUCUGGUUUUGGAGGCAUACUCAGUACCCCUGCUGGCUUCAGUGAUGCACUCAGUAUGAGCACCAGCUUUGGCAGUACACUCGGCACCAGUGCAGUCUUUAGUGGUGCACUUAGCACCAGCACUGGCUUUGGUGGCACACUCAGCACUAGUGUCUACUUUGGUGGCUCUCCCAGUUCCAGUGCCAGAUUUGGUGGCAAACUCAGUACCAGUAUCUGCUUUGGUGGCUUUCCUAGCACCAGCACUGGUUUUGAUGGUGUACUCAGUACCAGUGCUGGUUUAGCUGGUACCAGCUCUUUCAGCAAUAGCACUGACUUUGGUGGUACACCAAGCACCAGCUUCUGCUUUGGUGAUUCUCCCAGCACUGGUGCCAGCUUUGGUGGUACACUCAGCACCAGUCUUGGCUUAGGUGGUGCACUCAACACCAGUGCUGGUUUUAGCAGUGCUGUCAGCAUUAGCAUUGCCUUCAACAGUGCACCCAGUGCCAACUCUGGCUUUGGCAGUGUGUUCAGCACCAGUACUGACUUCAGUGGGGCACCUAACACCACUACUGACUUUGGCAGUGCUCCCAGUACCAGCAUUAGCUUUGGUGGAGCCCCCAGCACCAGAUUCUGCUUUGGCAGUGUGUCUAACACCAACCUAUGUUUUGGUGGCCCUCCUAGUACAAGCACCUGCUUUAGUGGUCCUACCAGUGCCAGUUUUGGUGAUGGACUCAGCACCAGUGCUGGUUUCAGCUUUUGUGAUGGGUUAAGCACCAGCACUGGAUUUGGUGGUGGACUGAGCACCAACUCUGGCUUUGGUGGUGGACUGAUCUCCAGUGAUAUCUUUGGUGGUGGGCUGGGCACCAAUGCUGGUUUUGGCAGCACACUUGGCACCAGUGCUGACUUUAGUAGUGGCCUCAGCAUCAGUGAUGGCUUUGGCGGUGGGCCUAAUACCAGCUUCGAUGGAAGACUGAGCACCAUCAUUGGCUUUGGCAGUGGUUCCAACACCAGCACUGGCUUUAUUGGUAGACCCACUUCCAUUGUUGGCUUUGGCAGUGGACUGAGCACCGAUGCUGACUUCAACGGUGGACCAAGCAGUAGUGCUGGCUAUGGCAGUGGACCGAGCAAUGCUGCUGGCUUUAGUGGUGGAGCCACCAGCCUUGGUGCCUGUAGCUUCUCCUAUGGCUAG